AGAUGACGCCGCAGAAGCACCACGCCACUGGCGCGCUGAGCGUCCCACCCGGUGGGGCGGUUCCGUCGACCGGAUUGGUUUUUAGUCUCGGUCCACUGCUACUUUUCGCAAUGGCUCUGAGUAUCAGUAGUGAUUCCUGACAAGAACUUCUUUUCGGCGAUUUUCUGUUGCUGUUCGGUGUGUUGCAUUUGGAUUUUUGCUCAGACACUAUAUUUGUUCUUUUUCCAGUUUUCAGAUAGACAUUAGUCCACGUAUUCCAACUCAUCACGACGGUAAUUUUUUUCUUUCAUUUUCCUCAUAGUAAAAAGAAGCAACUAUGUCGGGGGACGGGUCGGGCGCAAGUGCCCCCUCGGGUGGGGGUUACUUCGACAAGAAGGGCGAGAUAAACGAACUCAGGCAGCUGCUGCGACAGGUACUCACGGAGAAAAAUGACGAAAAGCGCCGGGAUGCUAUCAAAAAAGUCAUCGCAUACAUGACACUUGGGAUCGACGUGUCGCGGCUCUUUCCCGAUGUAAUUAUGGCCAGUCACACAACGGAUUUGGUAUUAGAUGAUUGCGUCUCUCUCUCAUAGUUUCUAUUUCCAGUUUUGAUCACAUAAUUUUUUCGAGAACUGACUACAGUUUACCAUGGAUGGAGUUUACCUCUGUGUACAUAUUUCCACGCUCUAGACAUGUACACGAUGAAAAUCAAACAGGUGCAGAAAAAGAUGAUUUACCUGUACUUGGGCAACUAUGCGGAGACCAACGGCGAGCUGACGCUGCUGGCCAUUAACACGCUUCAAAAAGAUUGUCGCGACGAAGACCCGACGAUUCGGGGGCUGGCGCUCCGCAGCCUGUGUUCGCUGCGCCUUCCGGAAAUGAUGGAGUACCUGGAGCCUGCAGCUGUCGGGGGCCUCCGCGACAGUAACGGUUACGUGCGCAAAUCGGCUAUCGUAGGCGUAUUGAAGAUCUUCCACAUCUCACCGCUUACCAUCCGAGAAAACGACCAGAUACUGGACCGUUUGUAUCGUUUGUGUUUCAACAUAAAUAAAAGUUUUAUUUUUCGUUUUUGCCAAUAAUUACUGUUACGGGCGUGCAAGUACAAUCAAUAUGAGGCAUGUAAAUAAGUUGUUGAUGCAUGUACGUAGCCGUAGGUCGCACCCAGAGUAAGUCGUGCGAACGACUUAAGGUAUAUGAAAGUAUGCGCCGGUGGGUCAGUGCACGACUUAAGGAUAAGUUGUGUGCAGCUAUUGCAGCUUUUUGAGUCAUUCGCACUACUUAAGAAUCAUUUAAGUCGUUCGCACGAGGACUUAGGGAUGCCUCUAAGUCGUUCGCACGACUUAAGGAUCUUAAGUCGUUCGCACGACUUGGUGCUUUUUUAAGUCUUUCGCACGACUUAAGGAUUUUAAGUCCUUUGCACGACUUUGUGCUUUUUAAGUCUUUCGCACGACUUAAGGAUUUUAAGUCUUUCGCACGACUUGGUGCUUUUUUAAGUCUUUCGCACGACUUAAGGAUCUUAAGUCGUUCGCACGACUUGGUGCUUUUUUAAGUCUUUCGCACGACUUCAGGAUGCUUUAAGUCUUGCGCAAGACUUGGUGCUUUUUUACGUCGUCUUUCGCGCGACUUCAGGAUGCCUUAAGUCUUUCGCAAGACUUGGUGUUUUUUUAAGUCUGUCGCACGACUUAAGGAUGCUUCAAGUCGUUUGCAAGAAUUGGUGCUUUUUUAAGUCUUUCGCACGACUUAAGGCUCUUAAGUCGUUCGCUCGACUUGCCGCUUUUUUUAAGUCUUUCGCACGACUUAAGGAUUUUAAGUCGUUCGCACGACUUAAGGAUUUUAAGUCGUUCGCUCGACUUGCCGCUUUUUUUAAGUCUUUCGCACGACUUAAGGAUUUUAAGUCGUUCGCACGACUUAAGGAUUUUAAGUCGUUCGCACGACUUAAGGAUGUGCGCAGUACCUCAUCAGUUCUUAACUCCCUGGCCUACUUUCGGGACUUUAACUCGUUCGCUGGACUUACAGCUCUUUAAGUCGUGCGCACGACUUAAGCCCGCCGUAAGCCGUUUGCUGAACCGAUUUUCGGGCUUUGAAAUCUUUCGCACGACUUAGAAAAGCUUCGAGUCGUACGCACGACUUUGUUACGCGUUUCCCACGGAUCAAAGCAGUCUACUUUGCAGGUAGGUUUUGCAGCCUAUUUCUCUCCGUCCCGAAAUGCAAUUUCAGGUAUUGUUUGAUCGCGGACCCAGACCCGUUGGUUUCUAUGAACGCGCUGUUUGCGCUGGAGGAGAUUCUCGCUGACUGUGGGGGUAUCACGCUGAACAAGGUGCUGAUCGAGCACCUCUUGAAUCGGAUUACGACCUUCAGCGAAUGGGGGCAGUGCGCCGUGUUGAAGUUGCUGGAGAAAUUCGAGCUGGACACGGAGGGCGAGAUUUUUGACGUCAUGAACCUCUUGGAACCGCUGCUGAAGCAGUCUUCCCCCUCGGUGGUGCUCUCCGUGGCAACAAUUUUCCUGUCCCUUACCGCACGAGCACCAAGAGAAUUACAGCUACAGGUCGGGGCUCGGUUGAAGGUACCACAAAACGAAAUUUGUUGAUCAAAAGCAUUUAAAGUAUUGAUCCCUAUAAGCGCGAGCAAAGAAUCUUUACGCAUCCCAAGGCGGAGCGUCUUUUUGUCGAGGUCGUAAUGACAGAAAAAAAAAAACUCUACCAGGGUCCGCUUCUUACGCUCAUCGCGACCAACAGCCACGAACUGGGAUUUACCGUUCUGUCGCACAUUCGUGUGCUGCUGGCCGGCGGCGGUGAGGAACAAAACGAGGUGUCGUCGGACGUGAUGAGACCCGCGCUCUCCUGGGUGGCGGACUACAAACAGUUUUUCAUGAAGUGGAACGAUCCCACGUACAUCAAGAAGCUGAAGCUGGACAUCCUCACACUGUUGAUCGUUCCAGAGAACGUGGAGUCGGUGGUCAACGAGAUCAAAGAAGCCGUCACAGACGUCAGUCUGGACAUCAGCAAGCACGCGGUGCACUGCCUCGCGAAGAUCGCCCUGGCGAACGAGUCUUUCGCGGCCCAGAUCGUCGCCUGUUUGCUGGAGCUGCUGAAACUCAGCAGCGAGGCAUCCAGUUACGUGGUCUGCGAAACCGCCAUUGUGAUGAAGGACAUCCUGCGCAAAUACCCCGAGCAGUUUGACGAGGUACCUCCAAUAUGUGUGUGUAGUGUAGAUUAUCGUAGUUAUUUCGAUUGAGAUUGCUCGGAAUUUGGGCCGCAAUAGAAAAUUUUAAACAACGGCAUCAACGUUCUAGACAAGCUAUGCAUCUUCACAGGUUGGCAGUACUCUUGAGCAGGUGCUCGAGUCAAUCGAGGAAUCCGAGGGGAAGGCAGCGAUCGUGUGGAUGCUGGGUGAGUUUGGCGGCCGCAUUGCGGACGGGCCCUACCUGCUUGAACCGCUGAUUGACGACUACGAGAACGAAAUGCCCGAGGUGAAAAGCGAGCUGCUGAUCUCCACGGCCAAGCUGUUUUUCUUCCGCCCGCGGGAGUGUCAGGCCAUGCUGGGGCGUUUGCUCGACAAGGCACUGAACGACGAACAGCGGGUGGACAUUCGUGACCGCGCACUGUUCUACUACCGACUCCUGCUCGCGAACGCCGAUGAGGCCAAACGGAUAAUCUGUGGAUCGAAGGCCAAAGUGAAGGCGUUUCGCGAAGAUCUGCGCGACGCGGCGGACUCCAAAAUCUACCGGGAAUUCAACACUCUCAGUGUGGUAAGGGAACACUGUUUGACUCCACCUUCUGCAGUUUAUGAUUUUUAGCGUUGCCAGGAGCGGGCAUUGAUCUAUCGACAUCGAACACCUGAAAAAAGCUUGACCUUUAAUAUCGUUAGUACACUGCUAUUUCUAUUGCAGGUCUACAAUAAACCGGCGACGAAAUUUUGCGCUCCCGUCGCGGAGAGUUUGAUCUACCGCGGUAGCCACGUGCCGGAUGGGCCCAACAUUCCAAAAGCAACGUCCUCCGCCACCCCCACGCACCAGCGCGGAGUCGCGAACGGGACGGCGUCAUUGCUCGACGACGGAGUUGCAGCGGCCCCGCCCGCUCCUCCGGCGGUCGGUUCUUCGUCGUUUGACCUGCUGGGCGGGGUAGAAACGGGUGCGGCGGGCGCAAAUCCGAACGCCUCGUCGCCGAUCGAUCUGCUUUCCGACCGACCACCAGUCCUUCCUCCCACGCAGCCCGAUUCUCUGGAAAUGUUCUUGACCGACGGCGGCACAGGUCCUAUGCCCAUUACUGGCAAUACUCCGGCGAGUUCUUCUACAUCCUUUUUCCACGCGCCGAGAAGUUCCGCAGAGCAGGUCGACGGGGCCGCGUUUCAACAAUAUUGGGAAGAAUUCCAGGCCACAAAGGAGCAAUCGCGGGCUUUUUCCGCGCCCGGCCAGCUCGAGCAAUUGGACUCGCUGGUACAGGCCGCGCUGGAGAAAGCCAACCUGCAAUGCAUCGCGAGCGGUUAUUUGCCAGAGGAGAGGCUGCUGAAGUUCUACUUCUAUGGCUGCUGUGCAUCGGGCGGCGGGAAGAGCGAUGGGAGUUUAGAUUUGCUCGAUGAAAUAGGGUAUCAAAUGCAAAUAUGUCUGGGUCUGGAAGAUUUCUAGAUUUGUCAUGCAUAUUUUCCAUGAGCUCCGUGGUGACCGCCAGGACUUCUCUUGCUCCGUGGUGACCACCAGGACUUUUUUUGCUCCGUGGCGACCGCCAUGACUUUUUUUGCUCCGUGGUGACCACCAGGACUUUUUUUGCUCCGUGGUGACCACCAGGACUUUUUUUGCUCCGUGGUUUCUCUUGCUCCGUGGUGACAGCCAUGACUUUUUUUGCUGGUGGUGACCACCAGGACUUUUUUUGCUACGUGGUGACCACCAGGACUUCUCUUGCUCCGUGGUGACCACCAGGACUUCUCUUGCUCGGUGGCGACCACCAGGACUUUUUUUGCUCCGUGGUGACCACCAGGACUUCUCGUCCCCUUGCUGGCCAUGCAAUACAGAUUUUUUUCGAAUCCGAAUACAGCAUCACAAGUUACAACUUUCCAGACCCAGACAUAUUUGCAUUUGAUAUAGGGGGUGGCCCGACCAGUAGUGGCGGCAGCACAGCAGCGGUGGUAUUGUUUGAGCUGCUGCUGAAAGCAGUUGAGGGACAAGCUGUUUGCACCGGAAAGGCAAAAUCCGAUGACCCUGAUCCUGCCGUGGCACAGGCUCUGGCUGCAGUGUCGCCGUUUUUGUAAAAGCGCGCAAAGUAGACGUAAAGCGACAGUACAACAUGUCUCACGAAGCGACACAGAAUGAGUUCGCGUUUUCCCGCGGGAAAGGAAGCGCAAGUUGCGGAAGUGGCCGAUUUCAGUAUAUCUCGCAG